AGGGCCUCCAGAAAUCAAAACAUACAUAUUUACUGGAAACAGUGCUAAUGACGCCAUCAUUCACCACUCCUCUCCUCUUAUAAACCCUCCACCUCACCUCACAAAAGAAACGUCUCUUUAGGUCUCUCUUUCUCGUCUGCAAUAGAAGCUUUGAUACUUUUUUUAACACGAGGCUAAAUAAGUAGCUAUAUUCGCUUGCCAUGGAUCAACCACCACCGUACCAGCCAGAGUUUGUCCCAAUGAAAGGAAAUAAGUACAUGCGUCUUGAAGACACUCACGGAGCGCCCAAGUUCCAACAUACUGUCGUCUUGGGACAGCCACAGCCCGUUGUACCGCAGCCCAGGGAUCACAUUAUCUGGUCACUUUGCAGCCUCGUGUACGGCAACCCAUUCUGUCUCGGAAUGUUAGCGGUGUAUUUCUCCAUAAAGUCCAGGGAUAGGAAGAUGGUUGGAGACUUGGAGGGAGCAAGAAAACACGGGAAGACUGCACGCUGCUUUAAUACUCUGACCCUGACCCUGUCAAUCCUCGGGCUGCUCUUCCUCUUCAUCACCUAUGGUAUCAUCAUCUACCAAGUUGCACACUGAGUAGCUCCAGUCUUUGCUUUUGUAAAAAGUGUUCAUUUGGAAGUCUUGGCAUGUGUUAUACACCUCUAGGAUUGUGUCCUGAUACAUUUCAGCUCAUCUCUUUAACACACACACACCACAGAAGUUCCUUCAGCACUGUGUACCAGAUCUUAUUUGCUCUUCUUUAGUUUUGUGUUUUUCCAAGAUGCAAGAUGAUUCUUUUGAAGUUCCAUUCAAAUGUAAGUUUUUAUAAAUAAAUUCAACAUUUUUGUAAAUGCAUUACAUUUCAGUUUUUAUAGCUGUAAUGGAUGUUAAUGAUUCUGUGAGACUCGUCCCAUAUAGACAUACACUCACUUAACAAGAAAACAAUUCCCAUGGCUUUGUAUCUACUUGGCCCAGACAGCGUAACAGAACUUGGCUCGGGUCAGCAAUUAAACUGUCAAUGAACAUACAUAUCCUGACAUGGCUUGCCUUUGUUCUCCCUCUCCAACAAAGUUUAAGCCACAAUCUGUACUAUUUAUGGUUGCUAAGAUUACUUGUCCUUGUGUGAUAUAAAGAUGUAGGAAUUAGAGUAUGUUAAACAACUUUAUCAACCCCAAGAAUGAACAGUAUUAGGUAUUUUUGACUUAUUUCUCUGAUACAACAUCAACAUCUGUUUAUAAUUUGUAAAAGUGGAAUUUCCAGCAGUGUAUAAUGUCCAGGCCUGGUUUCCGGAGACAAGCUAUGUUACCAGGAAUCCCUGGCUUGCUGUGUCACAGUACUCUUGAAUAGCUUACUAUCAUCUAUUUUCCCUCUGGAGAAAAUAGUCUGUGUAGGAUUGAUGGGUAAAACAAACACUAUUCAAUUCAUGGUCCUGUUAAAUAAAAUACUUACGUUUAUCA